GUAAGUCUGUUGGGAAUACAAUUAUCACUUCGGUUCUGACAGAAAACCAGAGAAUGGCCAAAGAAAUCAAUAAUCUAUCACAAACUAAUUAUUUAUCUAAAAGAAUGAGGAUUGAAUAAUAGAAAUUAGUUUGGAGGUUUUAAAUACAUGUUUCUCUACAUUAUGCACUCCACACUCCUUUCCAGUAGAUGGCGGGAAUGGGCCUUUUAGUUGGUUUGCCAACCGCUAUUAAACUCCAGAAGAACUUCACCAGAACUGCGUCACGAUCGAAGGCCUGUUUCGCAAUUCGAAGGAUCCGGAGGUUGCAUUUCUACGCUGCAUACGUCAUCAAGACUGUCUUAUUUCAGAAUAUUGACAAUUAUAAAGUUGACUAUUAUUCUUAGUUAAUCGUAAAUUGUUGUAAUAUGCGUAUGACUUACGAAUGUAAUGCUCAGUAAACUAAAAUAAACCAGGCUUGAUGACGUAUACAGACUGCAAAUGCGACCUCCGUAGGGAACAGCCUUUGGAGUGAGAAACGGGCAGUAGCUUACAACCAACCGGACUUAUAUGGCUAUAGACUUACAACCGAUAAAUGUCAGUUGUGGAGAUCAGGUUGAUCAGAUUUACUUCUGCAGCUACAUCAUGGAUCAAACAAAAACAUCAACAGAUGGAGAUUUUCUUCCAGGAUGCAGUUCAGUUCAUCAGAACAUAUCAGAUCCAGAGUACAGCUGUGUGAGUUAUGUGUCUAUGUAUCCACCACUCAACUUUAAGAUUGGAGACACAAGGCCUGCUGUCAGUUCCGUUCAUCAGAAGAGAUCACAUCCAGAGUUCAGCUGUGUUUCUAUGAAGAGUGAUGAGUCUAUUGGAGAUACAAUGCCUGCUGUCAGCCAUGACUGUAAUCCUGCUGAAGUCCUGAACACAUUCAAAUCAAAUCUGAGAAAGAAUUUUGAGUGUUUAUGUGAGGGAAUAUCAAAGCAGGGAAACCCAACACCACUGAAUGAGAUCUACACAGAGCUCUACAUCACAGAGAGUGAAAGUGGAGAGAUCAGUAAUGAACAUGAGGUGAGACAGAUUGAGAUACAGUCCAGAAGAACAACAACAGAAGAGACACCAAUCAAAUGUAAUGACAUCUUUAAACCUUUACCUGAACAACACAAACACAUCAGAAGUGUGCUGACAAAGGGAGUCGCUGGCAUUGGAAAAACAGUCUCUGUACAGAAGUUCAUUCUGGACUGGGCUGAAGAGAAAGAGAAUCAGGACGUCCACCUCAUAUUUCCACUUCCUUUCAGAGAAAUCAAUUUGAUGAAGGACAAAACACUCAGUCUUUUAGAUCUUCUUCAUCUUUUCUUCCCAGAGACAAAAGAAAUGGAAAUCUUCAGUGAUGUAUAUAAAGUGUUGUUCAUCUUUGAUGGUUUGGAUGAGUGUCGUCUGUCUCUGGAUUUUCACAGCAGUGUGAGGUUGUGUGAUGUAAAUGAAUCAACCUCAGUGGACGUGAUUCUGACAAACCUCAUCAAGGGGAAUCUGUGUCCCUUUUCUCUCAUCUGGAUCACCUCCAGACCAGCAGCAGCUGAUCUCAUCCCCUCUGAGUGUGUUGAUCGAGUCACAGAGGUACGAGGCUUCAGUGAUCCACAGAAGGAGGAAUACUUCAGGAAGAGAAUCAGUGAUGAGAGUCUGUCUGAUCAAAUCAUCUCACACCUGAAGUCAUCCAGGAGUCUCUACAUCAUGUGUCACAUCCCAGUCUUCUGCUGGAUUUCAGUCACUGUUCUAGAGAGAAUAUUGAGUGAAGCAGAGAGAAGAGAGAUCCCCAAGACUCUCACUCAAAUGUACACACACUUCCUGAUCAUUCAGACAAACAUCAAACAUCAGAAGGACUAUGAGAAGAAAGUGAAGGAUAAAGACAUGAUCUUCAAACUGGGGAAACUGGCUUUUGAGCAUCUUCUGAAAGGCAAUCUGAUCUUCUAUGAUGAAGACCUGAGAGAGUGUGGCAUUGAUGUAGCAGAAGCAUCAGUGUACUCAGGAUUGUGUACUCAGAUCUUCAGAGAGGAGUUUGGUUUGUAUCAGGGGAAAGUUUACAGCUUUGUUCAUCUCAGCAUUCAGGAACAUCUAGCAGCUCUUUAUGUGCACCUCAACUUUAUAAACAACCACACACCCCUGUUCUCUGACAACCUUUUGCAGUUUCAUUUAUCUGACCUGCAUCAGAAAGCUGUGGAUGGGGCUUUAGACAGUAAAAAUGGACAUCUGGAUCUUUUUCUUCGUUUUCUUCUGGGUUUGUCAGUGGAGUCGAAUCAGAAUCUCAUACGAGGUUUGAUGACAAAGACAGAUCACAGAUCUCACAGCAAUGACAAAAUAAUCAAAUACAUUAAACAGAAGAUCAGUGAUAAUCUUUCACCAGAGAAAUCCAUCAAUCUGUUUCACUGUCUGAAUGAACUGGGUGAUCAUUCACUAGUGGAGGAAAUUCAGCAAUAUCUGAAAUCUGGAACAUUAAAUGGAGCCAAGCUCUCAUCAUCUCAGCGGUCAGCUGUAGUUUUUGUGUUGUUGACUUCAGAACAGAAGCUGGAUAAGUUUAAUCUGAAGGAGUUUGUUGAGGUAGAAGACCAAGAUCAAACACUGAAAGUUCUUCAGAAGCUGUCGCCUGUGAUUUGUGAAUCCAGAUCAGUUCAGUUGUGUGGUUGUAAUAUCACAGAUGAAGGUUGUGUUGCUUUGACUUCAGCUCUGAGAUCAAACCCAUCACACCUGAGAGAUCUGAAUCUGUCUGAUAAUAAUCUUGGAGAUUCAGGAGUGAAGCUGAUCUCUGAUGUACUGAAGAAUCCUCAAUGUAAACUGCAGACACUGAGCUUGAGGGGUUGUAAAAUCACAGAUAAAGGUUGCGAUGCUCUGACUUCAGCUCUGAAAUCAAACCCAUCACACCUGAGAGAACUGAAUCUGUCUGAUAAUAAAAUAGGAGAUUUAGGAGCAAAUCUGAUCUCUAAUGUAUUGAAGAAUCCUCAAUGCAAACUGGAUAAACUAAGGUUGUGGAGGUGUGAUAUUAAAUAUAAAGGUUGUGUUGCUCUGACAUCAGCUCUGAGAUCAAACCCAUCACACCUGAGAGAACUGAAUCUGUCUGAUAAUAAAAUAAGAGAUUUAGGAGCAAAUCUGAUCUUUAAUGAAUUGAAGAAUCCUCAAUGCAAACUGGAUAAACUAAGGUUGAGUAAUUGUAAUAUCACAGCUGAAGGUUGGGCUGCUCUGACUUCAUCUCUGACAUCAAACCCGUCACACCUGACACAUCUGAAUCUGUCUGAGAAUGAUCUUAGAGAUUUUAGACUAAAUCUGAUCUCUGAUGGACUGAAGAAUCCUGACUGUAAACUGGAGAUACUGAGGUUGACUUCUUGUAAUGUCACAGAUAAGGGUUGGGCUGCUCUGACUUCAUCUCUGGGAUCAAACCCAUCACACCUGAGAGAAUUGGAUCUGACUAAUAAUAAACUUGGAAAUGUAAGUGUAAAGCUGAUCUGUGAUGUACUGAAGAAUCCUGACUGUAAACUGGAGAUGCUGAGGUUGAGGGAUUGUAAUCUCACAGACAAAGGUUGUGUUGAUCUGACUUCAGCUCUGACAUCAAACCCAUCACACCUGAGAGAGCUGGAUAUGUCACUGAAUAAACUUUGUGAUUCAGGAGUGACGCUGAUCUCUGAUCUACUGAAGAAUCCUCAAUGUAAACUGGAGAAACUGAAGUUGAGUGAAUGUAAUAUAUCAGAUGAAGGUUGUGUUGCUCUGACUUCAGCUCUGACAUCAAACCCAUCACACCUGACACAUCUGGAUGUGCGUAAUAACAAACUAGGAGAAACAGGAGUGAAGCUGCUCACUGAUUUAAAGGAUGAUCCACAGUAUAAACUGAAGACAUUAAUGAUGAAUCCAUAGUUCAUCGGACCACACUUGCUCAAUGAUCCAAAACACUUCUUUGGCUAAGAUCAGAUGUGGCAUCAGUAAUAUCUCAUGUCUGAGUGUUGGCUAAUAAAAAUAGGUAUUACAAAACAAUUAUGGUCACCAAGGUGAAUUUGUUUAGUUUUGUCUGGUUGUGACAAAGUGGUGCGGAGAUGGGAAUCAGUUGAUAACCGACUGCCAAAUAAACACAGAGAGGGACAGGAAAAUGUCAAAAUCAUCAAGUGCUUAAUUUUGAAAAAAAAAAGGAGAAACGAGCAAAAAAUGAAGGUAUGCAACCAUGUAUGAAUAUACGGUAUCCAUGUCAUGAAUGAAGUGCUAAUGUGAAUUGGAGAGUAACUUAUAACUCUGAAGUUUGUAAGCCUUUUUGCUUGCUAUGCUUAUACAACAAUAAUUCAGUUUUAACUAAACAAACACGAGAUCUGUUAAGGUUAAAGGUCAGGCAGGUUUUAGUUUGUGUUUUCUGUUCAUAGUCCAGUAGUGUAAUUAGAUUCUCUUAAGUGUGUUUUCACGUUUGUGUAAUAAAGGAGUUGUGCUUAU